CUCGCUCUCUCACCGCCCCCUGCCGGACGCAGAGGGAAGCGCGAGGAAGCGGCGGCGGAGUUUGUGCAGAAACGGAGAAGUUAAAGUGAGAUUUUGGGGAAGCUCGCGCGGGUCCGAUUCUUCAGCCUCACAGUCGGAGUCACUUUCACCGCCAGCAGGACAGAGCUGGGCAGACAAAGAGCGCGGAGCUCCGGUUUCGGCCUCAGCGCUGAACUUCGACAUGGCGUCCGCGGGACGCAGAUCCUUCAGCUUUAAGGUGGUCAUGCUGGGUGAGGGCUGUGUGGGCAAAACAUCGGUCAUCCUGAGAUACUGCGAGAACAAGUUCUACAGUAAACACAUCACAACCCUGCAGGCUUCAUUCUUCACCAAGAAGUUGAACAUCGCCGGGAACAGGGUCACUCUGUCCAUUUGGGACACAGCUGGCCAGGAGAGGUUCCACGCUCUCGGCCCCAUUUACUACAGAGAGUCCAACGGAGCCGUUCUCUUAUACGACAUCACAGACGAAGAUUCAUUUCAAAAGGUAAAACUGUGGGUGAAGGAGCUGAGGAGAAUUCUGGGUAAUGACGUAUGUUUGUGCAUAGUGGGAAACAAAACCGACCUGGACAAGGACAGAAAUGUUUCAGCUGAAGAAGCUGAGCGGUACGCGGAGGCGGUCGGCGCUCAGCACCACCAGACAUCUGCUAAACUGAGCACAGGAAUUAACGAGCUCUUCCUCAGCCUCUGUAAACGUAUGAUGGACGCGGCGCUGGUAGAGGAUCGCUCCCAAACCGACCCCUCUCCAGUCUCCGGCCGCGCCCACCGCAGCCUGCAGAUAGUGGACGCUGAACCAGAGGAAACCACGGCAACCACAGCGUCCUGCUGCUCCUCCGGAUGACCGCACUGACCCGCACGACGGCCGGACAGCGCUAACGCUCACAGCCCGGCUCCUCUCUGUCAGCUGGUUCCACAGUUCUCCUUUAGCUUCCGCCGUUUAGACCUCAGUUUGAAUCACAGUCUAAGAAAUCCUUUCACAGAGAAUUUAUUAACCGUCCAGGACCAGCGGCGCCGCUCACCGCGUCUCUUUGCUCACCGCGUCUCUUUGCUCACCGCGUCUCUUUGCUCACGGUGUCGGACGCCUUCAGCUCGUAUGACUGCAGUUUAGCGUGUUUAGCGCUCUGUGUUUAGCGUGUUUAGCGUCUUUAGCGCUCUGUGUUUAGCGUGUUUAGCGUCUUUAGCACUCUGUGUUUAGCGUGUUUAGCGCUCUGCGUUUAGCAUGUUCAGCGUUUUGUGUUUAGUGUGUUCAGCGCGCUGCGUUUAGCGUGUUUAGCGCUCUGUGUUUAGCAUGUUUAGCGUCUUUAGCACUCUGUGUUUAGCGUGUUUAGCAUGUUUAGCAUGUUUAGCAUGUUCAGCGUGUUCAGCGCUCUGCGUCUGUGACGUGUUGCUGAAACGGCCGUGGUCUGUGAGACGCUGUCCUGCAGCUCUGAAACACCCUUUAUUUUAUUUUCUCUGUUUACACUUGAAGGGAAACGUCAGACUCACUGCCCACCAAACUUUUAAGAACGUCCAGAUUUUUUACAGUGUUUUUAGCACAAAUGAUCCUGUCCGCCGGUUUUACAGCGUCUGAUGUAUUAAAGCCUGAUGAGGUUUUAGAUGAGAAAUAUUAGUGAAAGUGCCACUUUGGAAAUAAAGAUACAGGCCACGCCCACUUUCUCCCCUUGUGACGUCACUCAUCACUUCAAACCAAUAUGAGCUGAUAACAGUUUGGAAUGAACCAUUAUUGAUGAAGCGGCUCUUCAUGCUGAGCAGAUACAGAAACACAGAGCUGAUUCAUAAACUAAAGCUGCACAGGGACUGUAAUGAAUUUAUGUGUCUCUAAAUGUUUGCUGGGCAGUUUGUGUGUCUGUGUGUAGUUUGUAUAGUGAAUGUUACUGAAAGGGAGACCCCCGAAGACCCUCCAGCAGUGUUCCUCCAGCACAUACAGCGCAAGACUAACGUUUUAAUACAGGAAGAAGUGAAUUUAUGCUAAUUUAUUCUGUUGUUUGCCGUGAAUGUAAGAUUCUCUGAGUGUUUCCUGAUAAAUGUGGUACAUUUCGCACACAGCAGGUGUUUUUAUCUCCAGGUAAACAGAAACGUCACACACCUUCACUCUGACAGCAGCUUAACGAACUCUGUGUUUGUAUGAGAGAGAAAGUGCCUCUUUAGGAGACUCUUCACUGUAACUGGGUCAAAUUUUAAAGAGUUUUGCUUUUAGAUGAGUAUUUUAAUAAAAUAACUCUGAAAAAUCA